CUUGUUUAAAAUAGAAAUUUAUAGUCGCUCUGACCAACGGCAUGUUUGUAAAUAUAAAUUUGUAAAUACGUCAACAUCAACGUACGGUCUUGAGCUGUGAGAACAUAAAAAAAUGUUAAUGCAAAAGCCUAAUAUAAUUGGAAGAAACGCACUUAAUUCACUCCUCAACGUUUCAAAACAUAGCACAAAUUUAUUCAUAUCAUAUUUUUUAUUGAAGAUAUAUCAAUUAUUAUACAACAAAACAAGCAAAACUUAUUUAUUUGCCUGAUGAAUAAUAAAAUGACAUACGAUAUUAAUAAGUUGCAGCCGAAAAACAAAACAGCCCCACAACCUUUUUUAGAUAGUAUCAAAGGCUUGUGCAAUAAUCAUGAACUAAAUCUGGAAACAAUAAUGCAAAGUUUAAUUUACCUUACUUAUAUAAUGGGUGUUUAAUAAAAUCUAAAUAAAAAAAAUCAACUUAUACAAAAUAAAGUUUUCUAAUAUAUUUGUAUUCAUAUGAAACAAUAUUGGUUGAAAAGAUACCAUAAAAUAAAUUAAAACAACGGAAUAGAUAGCAAUAUUGUUAAUUAAUGUUAUGAACUCAACUAGACAUUUUGGAAAAUGUUUUGUAAGGUUUAUCAAACUCAUCAACAAUGGACUCACAUUUAUUUGAUAUAAACAUCACCACCACCUUGAAACCUACUGAUAGAAAAUAUGAAAUUAUUGUUAACUGGGGACAAAAUCUUGGUGGAAAUGAAAUGGCAUUAAAUGCAUAUUGUGAUUCAAAGGCUUAUGAUAUUAUAAUAAUAAAUACUGUUGAUAUUUUUUUUGAUGAUCAAAAUGCAGAUAAUUUACCGGGUUUUAACUUAGCCAAUCAUUGUAAUGGCGUGUUUGAAGGUAACUUUAAAUCUUAUUUACAAUGCUAUUCUAUUGGCGAAGAUAUCAAAGGAUGUCAAAAGAAUGGAAAGAAAAUUUUAUUAUCUCUUGGUGGUGGCACUCGCUGGAAUGGAUUUUCUUCUGCAUCUCAAGCAAAGUUGUUUGCACACAAUCUUUGGAAUUUGUUUAUGGGAGGCACUCAUGCUACUCGUACUUUUGGAGAUGCAGUUAUUGAUGGAAUUAAUAUUGAUUUGCGAUUUGGUGAAGCAUCGUGGUUUGAUGAUUUUUUUACUGAGAUGAGAACUUUAAUGGUGUCAGACAAAAGUAAAGUUUAUUUAAUAACCUCAUCUCCAAGCUGUGCAUUUCCUGAUUUUCGAUUAGGAAAAGUUUAUGUAUCAUCUGGUACUAAAAUAAAUUCACUCUAUGUCAACUUUGGAGAUAAUAGUUGUUCUUUUGGAAAAGAGGAAGAUUUUAGCAGAGUACUAGAUUCUUGGAUGAGUUUAAUACCAACAAUCUUCAUUGGUAUUCCUUCAUCACAGACAGCCAGCUAUUCAGCAAACCACUAUAUUGAGCCUUCAAAACUAUCUAUUCUAUUUUCAAAAUACAUUCAGCUGCAAAAACAAAUUGGUGGUAUUCUUCUGUCAGAUGUUACAUAUGAUGACAAAAAUAUAAUUAAUGGCACAAAAUACAGUGACAUAGUCGGGCAACUUUUACACCCAGAAACAUAUAUUUUAUCAAAUAAAAAAAGCACUAUUGCAGGUGGCUCAUUUGAUAUAAAAUCUGGUAAAUCAAAUACGCACACUAGUGAAGCAGCUACUGUCAUAAUAUGUUUUCUGGUUUGUUUUAUUUUAAAUUUUAUUUCUUAAUUUUUAAUUUUUUUAGUAUUUGUAUUUAUAAAUUACUUUUUAUAUAUAUUUUGAUUUAAAGGAAUUUUUAUACGACUAGU